AUUUUUUCUCUAGGAAGAGCCACUCGGUCCAAUUUCUUGGAAAGUAUACGGGGACGACUUGAGCUUGCACGGUGACUGAGGUGGGAAAGCUUAACUAUUUUCCAAGUUUUCUGGGUAAAAUAAUUUAUAUUUCUUAAUUCCAUUCACUAAUGCUGGUAAGGAAAACGAGGAGACCAAUGGAAAUGUUAGUUGUUCUUGCUGCAUUUUUAGCUCUCACUGCUAUGGUUGAGGGCCAGGAUCAAUCAGGCUUCAUAAGCAUCGAUUGUGGGAUAAAUCCGGGUUCCAGUUAUUUUGAUGCCGCAACUGAAAUAUAUUACAUGUCAGACUCAGAAUUCAUAGACACUGGAAUAAAUUAUGAUGUUUCCAUGGAACACAGAUCCAGGUUUGGAACUCCAGAUCAGCAGCUUAUGACUGUGAGAAGCUUUCCAGAAGGAACCAAGAAUUGUUACACUCUUCAACCACAAGAAGGCAAAGAUAAUAAGUACUUGAUCAGAGCUUCCUUCAUGUAUGGGAACUAUGACUCCAAGAAUCAACUUCCAGAGUUCAAACUAUAUCUGGGUGUUAAUGAAUGGGAUACUGUGAAAUUCAACAAUUCAUAUGAUAUUGUCAGGAAGGAAAUUGUACAUGUCCCCAGAACAGGUCACAUAGAUGUCUGCCUAGUGAACACAGGUUCUGGGUCACCUUUCAUAUCAGCAUUAGAGUUGAGACAACUGAAUAAUUCCAUUUAUACAACUCAAUCUGGAUCAUUGAUACUCUUUAAGAGGCUUGAUAUUGGUUCAACAAGAAGUCAGACAGUCAGAUACAAAGAUGACGCUUUUGAUCGCGUUUGGGAACCAUUCAGCCAGCCUUAUUGGAAAUCAGUGAGCGCAUCCUAUAGUAGUGAUACUUUAAGUGAUAACCACUUUAAACCUCCAUCCAAGGUCAUGGCAACGGCUGUAACCCCUGCUGAUGAAAGAUAUCCCUUGGAAUUCCACUGGAAUCUGGACAAUUCUACUCGACAGUUCUAUGUAUACACGCACUUUGCUGAGGUUGAGGAGCUCCAAUCCAACCAGUUGAGAGAAUUGUAUGUAUCGCUUAAUGGUUGGUUCUUGAGUCCCGAACCUAUUGUUCCUGGAAGAUUGGUUCCACAUACUGGAUUUAGCACACAUUCCAUAAGCGCAUCAUCUGAGCUAUCACUUUCAAUUUUUAAGACACACAGAUCCACUCUUCCACCAAUUCUCAAUGCUUUGGAGAUUUAUGAGAUAAAACAAUUGUUUCAAUCAUCAACUGUCCAGAUCAAUGUUGAUGCUAUCAAGAAAAUCAAGGCGGUGUACAACAUGAAGAAAAACUGGCAAGGAGAUCCAUGUCUUCCCAUUGAGUUCUCAUGGAAUGGCCUGAGCUGCAGUGACAACAGUCCCAUUUCCCCUAGUAUCAUCUCUUUGAACCUUUCAUGGAGCAAGUUAACUGGGGAGAUAGAUUCUUCAUUCUCGAAUCUCACAUCAUUAAAAUCUUUAGAUUUAUCUUACAAUAGUUUGACUGGAGAAGUGCCAAACUUUCUAUCUAAACUGCCUUCCUUGAAGACCCUGAACUUAUCAGGGAAUAAUCUCACAGGUUCAGUUCCAUUGGCUCUCAUUGAAAAAUCUAGAAAUGGAUCCCUGUCUUUGAGAUUGGAUGGGAAUCCGAAUCUUUGUAAGAAAAACUCUUGCGAGGAUGAGGAAGAGGAGGACAAAGAGAAGACCAAUAAUAAUGUUAUUGUUCCAUCAGUUGCAUUCAUUAUUUCAGUUCUAGUCCUCUUAUUAGGUGAAGUAGGAGCCUUGUGGAUAUCUAAAAGGAGACAACAAUACGAUGGUAUGACAUUGGACUCGAUGAACCCCCACCUUAGUUACUCUGAGGUUAAUAGAAUCACUGGCAACUUCAAAAAGCUGCUUGACCAAGGAGCAUCAGCAAAAGUUUACCUUGGCCAUUUAAGUGAUGGCACUGAAGUUGCAGUCAAGAUGCUGACACCUUCAUCAGUUCUAGUGUUUAAGCAAUUCAAGACUGAGGCUCGGCUGUUGACAAGAAUUCAUCAUAAAAACUUGGUUUCUCUAAUUGGAUACUGUGAUGAAGGUUCAAGGAUGGUGCUCAUUUACGAGCAUAUGGCUAAGGGGAACUUAAAAGAGUAUUUAUCAGGCAAAAAAGAAAUUGUCUUGAGUUGGGAACAAAGGCUUCGAAUAGCAAUUAACGUGGCACAAGCAUUGGAAUAUUUACACGAUGGUUGCAAUCCGCCCAUAAUCCAUAGAGAUGUUAAAACUGAAAACAUCUUAUUGAAUGAAAAAUUUCAAGCCAAAGUUGCAGCUUUUGGGUGGUCUAGAAGUAUGCCCUCUGAAGGUGGAAGCUAUGUAUCAACUGCAAUUGUUGGCACACCGGGGUACAUUGACCCCGAGUACGACAAAACCUCGGUACCAAGUAAGAAAACUGAUAUUUAUAGCUUUGGGAUUGUUUUAUUGGAGCUUAUUUUGGGUCGACCUGCAAUCAUAAAGAUCACAAAAGAGAGCCCAUGUAACAUGGCAGAUUGGGUUCGCCUAGUCACUGCAAAAGGUGAUAUAAAAAUGAUUGUAGAUCCAAGGUUACAAGGAGAAUUUGACCCCAAUUCUGCCCAGAGAGCUGUAGAGACAGCAAUGUAUUGUGUCCCAGUCAGCUCCAUAGAUAGGCCAACCAUGAGUUAUGUAGUAGUGGAAUUAAAAGAAUGUCUGAAAAUAGCCAUCGCACAUGAAAGAACUGACAACGCAGAAGAGGACCAGGGUCCUGUUAGUAUUGAAACUGUCCAGGCAAGAACUGACAAUGUGGAAGAGGAUCAUGAUCCUUUUGGUAGUGAAACUGCCCAUGAAAGAACUGAUGAUGCAGAAGAGGACCAUGGUCCUCUUGCUGUUGAAGCUGUCCAUGAAGUAACUGACAAUGCUAAAGAGGACCAGGGUCCUGUUGGUAUUGAAGCUGCACAUGAAAGAACUGUCAAUGUGGAAAAGAACCAUGGUCCUGUUGGUAUUGAAGCUGCCUAUAAAAGAACUGAUGAUGCAGAAGAGGACCAUGGUCCUGCUGCUAUUCAAGCCGCCCAAGAAAGAACUGACAAUGUGGAAGAGAACCAUGGUCCUGUUGGUAUUGAAGCUGCCCAUGAAUGGAUUGAUGAUGCAGAAGAGGACCAUGGUCCUGUUGCUAUUGAAGCUACCCAAGAAAGAACUGAUAAUGUGGAAGAGAACCAUGGUCCUGUUGGUAUUGAAGCUGCCCAUGAAAGAACUGAAAAUGUGGAAGAGGACCAAGGUCCUCUUGGUAUUAAAUCUGCAAUGGCUAUCCAAGAAAGUACAAACUCAUAUGAGGAGGCCAAGGAAAAGGAGGAGAAGAAUAUUGUUGUUCCAGCAGUUGCAUCAAUUACUUCAUUUGUAGUCCCAUCAGACAUUGUUGUCAAACCUAAGGAGGAUGAUAAAACAUUUGAGCCAAAGAACCAACACCUUACUUAUUUUGAGGUUGAAAGAAUCACUGACAAUUUCCAAAAGGAGCUUGGAAGAGGAGCAUCAUCAAUAGUUUAUCAUGGUCAUUUAAGUAAUGGCACUGAAGUUGCAGUCAAGAAGCUGUCACCUUCAUCAAUUCUAGGGUCAAAGCAAUUCAAAACUGAGGCUCAGCUUUUGACACGAGUUCAUCAUAAAAACUUGGUUUCUCUAUUUGGAUACUGUGAUGAAGGUUCAAACAUGGUGCUCAUUUACGAGUAUAUGGAAAAGGGGAAUGUAAAAGCAUAUUUAUCAGGUAAAACAGAAGCUGUCCUGAGUUGGGAACAAAGACUUCGAAUAGCAAUUGAUGCAGCACAAGCACUGGAAUAUUUACACAAUGGUUGCAACCCACCCAUAAUCCAUAGAGAUGUCAAAACUGAAAACAUCCUAUUGAAUGAAAAAUUGCAAGCCAAAGUGGCAGAUUUUGGGUGGUCUAAAAGUAUGCCUGCUGAAGGUGGAAGCUAUGUACUAACUGCAAUUGUUGGCACACCUGGCUACCUCGACCCUGAAUAUCACAGAAGCUCAGUGCCGAAUGAGAAAACCGAUGUUUAUAGCUUUGGGAUUGUUUUGUUGGAGCUUAUUUCAGGUAGGCCUGCAAUCAUAAAGAUAACAAAAGAGAACCUAUGUAACAUAACAAAUUGGGUCCGCCCCAUCAUUGCAAAAGGGGAUAUAAGAAUGAUUGUAGAUCCAAGGUUACAAGGAGAAUUUGAGACCAAUUCUGCCAGGAGAACUAUAGAGACAGCAAUGUCCUGUGUAUCAUUCAGCUCCACUGAGAGGCCUACUAUGAGCAACAUAGUAGUAGAAUUAAGAGAAUGUCUAAAAAUAGUGAUGGCCCAUGAAAGAACUAACAAUUUGGUAGAGGACCAUGAUUCUGCUGGUAUUGAAGUUGCAAUGACUGCUGAAGAAAGUUUGGAUGGAAAUCCGGAUUUCCAUAAGACAGACUCGUAUGAGAAGGCUAAGGAGAAGGAGAAGGAGGAGAAGAGGAAGGAGAAGAAAAAGAAAAUAAUUGGUCCAGCAUGUAGAUCAAUUGCUUCAGUUUUAGACACCUCUGGUGCAUUAAACAACUUGGGAAGAUCUAAAAAGAAAUUGCCACAUGCUAAAGAUAUGAGUUACUCCAAAGUUGCAAGAAUCACUUACGAAAUUGGAUAUGGUGCAUCUGGCCCGGUUUACCUUGGUCAUUUAUGCAAUGGAAUUGAGGUGGCUGUCAAGAAGCUUUCAGCUUUAAAUAGAGGAUUCAGGGAAUUUCAGACACAGGCUGAGCUGUUGACAAGAGUUCACCAUACAAACUUGGUUUCUCUGCUUGGAUACCAUUUUGAAAGUUCAACCAUGACACUCAUUUAUGAGUAUAUGGGGCCGGGGAGCUUAAGAAAGUAUUUAUCAGAUGAAAAUGAAGCUGUUUUGAACUGGAAACAAAGAAUUGGAAUAGCACUUGAUGUAGCGCAAGGACUGGAAUAUUUACAUAAUGGUUGCAAGACACCCAUAAUCCACAGAGACAUUAAAUCCGCAAACAUUUUACUAAAUGAAAAGAACAAAAAAUUGCAAGCUAAAGUGGCAGAUUUUGGGUUGUCUAGAAGUGUGCCUAAUGAAGAUCCUGCUUAUUUAUCAACUGUGGUCGUUGGCACAUGCCAUUACCUUGACCCCAAGUAUUUCUUAACGGCAGGGUUGAGUGAGGAAAAUGAUGUCUAUGGCUUUGGGAUUGUUCUAUUGGAGCUUAUUUCAGGCCAACCUGCAGUGGCAAAGAGCAGCGCGGGCACAGUUCACCUACUCCAAUGGGUUCCUCUCCUGCUCCUUUAUACGGGAGAAAUCACGGCUAUUGUGGAUCCAAGGUUAAAUAUUGAACGCUUUGACAUCUAUUCUGCCCGGAAGCUUGUACGAACAGCGAUGGCUUGUGUAAAACGUAACUCCCCGGAAAGGCCAAUCAUGAGUGAUGUAGCAGACAAAUUAAAACAGUGUAUGAACUAUUUAGCAAGAACAAUUGGGGAUGAGGAAAAGUAGUAUCCGCCUCAGUCCUUUUCACGCUGACUCUGAUAUCCAAUACCAUCUUUAACGAGGAUUCAGUCAAGAUUCUGAGCUAAGAUGCUGAGACCGAUGUGCCUCGAAACCCUCUGAGUCGAUGAUUGAGACUGCGACUUUGAACCAUGUCUUAGAGGCAAUAACAUACCAAGCAAGGUAGAAAUAUUUGUAAAAUGCAGCGCUUACCAUUGUUUUAAUGAUUAUUUCUCAGGCUUUGGUGAACAUCUAUAUGUAUUUUGAAUGAUAAUGCUCUUGCCAAUUCUAUAAAAUAAAUUGAACCCCAUCAUCUACC